AUGGCCUUGGUAAGUAUGAAGCAGAACCAAGGAGAACUCUUGAAGGAUUUCGUUUCGCGAUUUAAUAUGGAAGCCUUGAGCAUUGAGAACUUUGACCACAACGUAGCUAUGGUGGCAUUCCAGAACGCCCUGAGGCCUGGCCCUUUCGCCCAAUCAUUAGCCAAAACGCCUCCGAGUACGUUCACGGACAUAUUGGGCCGGGCCACGAAGUACAUAAAUGCCGAGGAGGUCAUGCAAGCUAAGAGGGCGGAGCAUGUGGAAAAAAAGGACAAAAAGAAGCAUCCCGAGGAAAGGAGGAGAGACGACCGAAGGGAAAAACAUCGCCCUCGGUGGGAUUCGGGGGGCUUCACUCCUCUGAAUGCCCCGAGGGCAGAAAUCCUGGCUACUAUUGAGGGAAAAGACUAUUUGAAAAAGCCUCAGCCGAUGAAGGCACCGUCCGACAAAAGGAACAGAAGUAAAUAUUGCCGAUUUCAUCGAGAUCAUGGUCAUGACACUGAGGAAUGUCACCAAUUAAAGGAGGAGAUUCAGGAACUUAUCAAUAGGGGUUUCCUAAGGAGCUACGUGGCUAAAACAGCAGGGGAGGUCCCAGUCAUGAAGGAUGAAAAAAGUAGUGCGGUCCGGCUGAAAAGAUCGAGGAACGUGGAUCCAAUCUCUUUUUCGGAUAGUGACCUCCCGGGAUACCCGACUCGAAAUGACCCACUAGUGAUAACAGCUGAACUUGGGAAGUGGGAACUUCGGCGGAUCCUUGUGGAUCCAGGAAGCUCUUCAGAAAUCUUGUAUCGGCAAGCCUUCUUAGGCAUGGGGUAUGAAAUGACACAGUUGAGGGCAGCGAAGGUCCCUUUGGUAGGAUUUGAUGGUGAAGCCGUAUACUCAGAAGGGAUCAUUCAGCUCCCAUUGACGGUAGGGAGAGGCUCCCGGACUUCUCGAGUUAUGCUAGACAUCCUGGUAGCAGACGUGCCUUCGGCUUACAACAUGAUUCUAGGAAGAUCUGGUCUCAAUGCCCUUCGAGCCAUCCCAAGCACAUAUCAUAUGAUGAUGAAGUUUCCCACAGAUAGGGGGACGGGCGAAGUAUGGGGAGAUUUGCGCUUAGCCCGUGAAUGUUACAUGGCCUCUAUAGGCAUUACGAAGGAUAAAGAAGCAGGGUCGCAGAAGGACGCUGACCCCCCGAAGUAG